AUGGCCAUCAUGGAGAACUUGGACAUCAUGUUGCUCUCCUGGGUGUGCAAGGCCCAGGAGACAGGGACAGCAGGGCCUAGGGAGGACUGGAAUGUGCACAGUUGGGAGGAGAGAAAGGCGGGCCAGCAGAUGCUUAGAAGUGGGCUACUUAGGACAUUCUCAGAGACGGGGAGCUGCUGGGGCCUGCUGCACUUGGUCCCAGGUGCCAUGACACUCGUGAGAGUUUGGCUGCUGUUCUUGGCCUUCAACAUAGAUCUGGCCCAGAAGAAUCUGGAAGAGGUCCCAGUGCAGCCUGACUUUGAUGCACAUAAGGUGGAAGGACGUUGGUUUACCAUCCAGCUGGCCACUAGCCACAGGGACCUGGUCUUGCCCACUGACCCCCUGAGACUUUCCCUCCACUCCAUUCAGACAAGAGACAGUGGGGAUGUGGACUUUGUGCUGUUUGAGAAAGGAGAGGGGGUAUGCACAGGGAUCAAUAUCACUGUCCAUCCAGCGGGGCUCCCAGGCCAGUACCAAGGAACAUUUGAGGGAGGCAGCAUGCACGUCCAUUUCGUCAGCACCGACUACAACAACCUCAUUCUUCAUGUACGCUUUGAGGACAACGAAGUCACAAACCUGUGGGCACUGCUGGCGAGAAGAAUGCUUGAGGACCCUACAUGGCUGGGGAAAUACCUGGUGUUUGUAGAGAAGUUCCACCUUCAGAAGGCCCCCAUCUUCAAUAUAGCUGGUAAGAGCUGCCCUCCAGCUGCUCCUCAGCUGUUUAAGGAGCUCCUCCUCUUCUCAUCCACCCCAUGA